AAUGAUCAGUUUUGCAGCACAGUUGAAAACGAGCUGAUCACCGGACCGGACGAACAGAUCGAUUUAAAUUCUAUUCAAGAAAGGAGCUAUAAAUAAAUUAAAAAUGGCGAGCAAAUGCAUGAUCCUGCUUCUGCUUCUGGUUCCUCUUUUGCAUGCCCAGAGAUUCCCCACCUUUGGCCUUGCACCCCGCUUCGGAGCAGAGCAGGUUGUGCCACAGAGCGGUGGCUAUCCCUCACAGCAAAACUUACAAACGCAAUUAGAUGAGGAUGUCCAGGUGCCGAUAUCUCCAACACGGCGCCAGUCUGGGCAACCCCGCAACCCCGCAACCACCCGGCCCCCGGUGACCUCGAAGUUCAGCUUCAUGGAUCGCUUCAGCUCCAAACUCUACGAGAAGAUUGCACCCUCGAAAUCCGGGGCUAAUUUUGUCUACUCUCCCGUGUCGGUGCACAGCAUCCUGGCACUCAUCUAUGGGGCGUCGAUCGGCAGGACCGCCAGUGAACUGAAGCAGGCCGGGGUUUUCGAGAAUAAUAAAAUAAAUGUGGCCUUGAGCUUCCAGAAGCUGAUCAUGGACAGAAGCGACUUGGGUAACGCCGAGCUGAAAAUAGCCACCAAGCUGUACCACAACCAACUGAAGGGCGGCAUCAAUCCCAGCUUCCCACCCUACUCCCAAUCCUAUUUUAAUACCGCGGACGAACCCGUCGAUAUGGCCAACCCCAAGGACACAUCCAAAAGGAUUAACGCCUGGGUGUCGGACAGCACCAACGGCAAGAUUCAAAACCUGGCCGCAGCCAGUGACAUUACCGAGCAGACCGAGGCCCUCAUGGUGAAUGCCAUUUACUUCAAGGGUCGUUGGGAGAACGAGUUCGCCACCAUGGACACCCAGCCCACCAAUUUCGUACACUCCGACGGCAGCUCCUCCAGGGUGGCCAUGAUGUACAACGACGACGUCUAUUCCCUGGCCGAUCUGCCGGAACUGGGAGCCAGCGCCCUGGGGCUGAACUAUCGGGACAGCAACAUCAGCAUGCUUAUCCUGCUGCCGAAGCAGGUCAACGGCCUCCGAGCCCUUGAGGCGCAACUGGCCCGGCCGGAGUUCGACUUGAAUUACAUUGCCGCCCGCCUGCAGCGCCGGAAUGUGCUGGUGCGCCUGCCGAAGUUCCGCAUCGAAUUCGACCAGGACAUGACUGUGCCGCUGAAGGAGAUGGGCGUUCAGGCGAUGUUCGGUCCCAACUCCCAGAUAAACACGAUGCUCAACAACAUAGUCCGAGUGGAGAAGAUCCUGCAAAAGGCCUACAUAGACGUUAACGAGGCUGGCACUGAGGCGACAGCAGCUUCAUAUGCCAAGUUUGUGCCGCUGUCACUGCCCGCCAAGUCCCCGGAGUUCACCGCUGAUCACCCGUUCGUCUUCGCCGUGCGCACCCCCAGCUCCGUGCUCUUCAUUGGCCACGUGGAGCACCCCACGCCCCUGGCAGCAAGCCCGGGCGAGGCUGGCUCCGGGCGCUAGAGACUCUCCUCCAACCGGGAAUAGUUUGCAGCAUUUGUGAAACAAACAAUAAAGUUAAAAGCCUCGUA